GCAUGCCAACUUCCGUGUGAUUUAGAGGCGAGCCCUCGGUCAAUGAAGCGCUGCAGCACUUAAGCGCGGACCAGCCGCAUGCUGCGACCUUUGGCUGCAAAUAUCUAACGAGUAUAAAUACGCGUGCAAUAUCCAACCUAGAUAUUAUCAAACUUUAACCGUUGUGGUGUAAACAGCUCAAACAAUCAACAACCAAAAAAUGAAAUUCUUCGUUGCUGUCUCCUUCGCCUUGUUGGCUGUCGCAGCUGCCGAUGUCUCUCAUCUCGGUGGUGGUGGCUACAAUUACCCGGCUCCCGUUCAUGAGGAAGUGAAAUCGGAACCAAUUGCACCACAAAACACGUACCUCCCUCCUCCAGCACCACAAAAUACUUACAUCCCUCCUCCAGCACCACAAAACACUUACAUCCCACCUGCCGCACCCGUACAGGAAGCCGUUCUCUCCGAACCUAUUGCUCAACCACAAAACACAUACAUUCCACCACCAGCAGCACCACAGAACACCUACAUUCCACCAGCACCUGUUCAGGAGGCGGUGCUCUCUCAGCCAAUUGCUCCACCACAAAACACCUAUCUUCCUCCAUCAUCCUCUCGUGGUCAAGACGGUUACCGUUACAAGACCGUUCGUCGUGUUGUCUACAGACGCCGUUUCUAGAUGGCUCCACUGCUGUUGAUUGUUAAUUGUUGUUAUUAGUUAAUGUUGUUAAAAAAAAAUGUACCUGAAUAAUGCUUGAGUUCAAAAUAGAAAUAUUGGAAAUUUAAUAUUGCGACUUUUCAAUUUAUGCAAUAAUACACAUUAGAGCCUUGAAUUGACAUCCAUAUUUUAGACUUGCCGCAUACAAUUAAUCCGAGUUCAUUAGUCGUUGAAUAGAACUUUUCCAUCCUUCACACUUUUGUUCCAAAACAUGUUUAGGUAAAGGUAAACUUCUACUAUUACUAAUUCGAAUAUAGAGUUUUUAAUUGCAGUAGAGACUUGAUCUUAGCUUGGUAAAUAGUUUUGCUCCUUAGCAUGCUUUGCCUCAUAUUUUUCUCUUGCUUUCUCAUAUUUAGGAUAAUAAAAACCAUAAUCAUAUGAAAGUUUCUCUUACAUCUGUAUUAACAAAAAGUACUGGAUCGUAGGCUGCUGUCUUGGACUGGACUUUUUCGGCCUUUGACUGUUUCACUUUAGAAGUACAUGUUGUGGUAGGAAACUGCUUUUGAACAUGCUUAGAGGGCUGUGCUUGCUUAUUUUUGGUGUGCUCUUUUAUCUUGAUGGUUUGUUUGUUUGUUCUUUACAAUUUUCUUUGCUUUUAACUUUUUGUAUCAGUUUCAUUGAACUUGUGCAGAUAUUAGGGAUAUUUUUUAUUAAUGGGCAUGAAAUUUGG